AUGAAUCAUCUGCCCGAAGAAACAUCCGAUCUGAUUCAUCGGAGGCUCUUGUCGAUCGGUGCUCUCCCCAUCCACCAAUUCGCGUCAUUUGGCCUGAAAAAUAUUUCCACUUCACAACCGGACGGCCAGCCUGCGAGGCGACAUGACUCUGACUCAAAUCUCCUCGUACUUACCACAGCCUGCCUUCGCCAAUUUGGAAAAUCGCAUGAUGUCUUGAAGACCGAGUUCUUGCAACACUCGGGUUCGUUCCAUCCAUCACCUUCUUACAGCGGGUGCUUUCGAUCAGAGCUCACAGCUAAUUCAGCGGUGGAUCGACAAUGCGUCCUCACCAUCCAGCUACCGGGAGGGCCUUCGCGGUCGUACAAAUCAGAACCGUUCCCAGACAGCGAAGAUGCCGUCGAAGGAGCGGCAGAUUCUGCCAUCAAGGACGGUGCACUUGACUUCAUCCUUUUUGGAGAGAACGAGAUUCUCAAGCUCAAAUCGAACACCGACGAGGGUCUCGAACACGGCUCGACCGCAUCGUCCGAUGAGUUGGAAGCUGUAGAGACGCUUGAAGAGUGCUGGAGGAUCUGGAGAGGUGACGCAAGCCACCUGCUUUGGUUUCGCUUCGAUGAGGUCUCUGUCCCUGGUUUAUGUGGUUGUGCACUGAAAAUCGAACUGACUCCGCACUGCUACCGAGUUUACUCCAGCCAGCUGGAUUACGCAGAUCUGCAGUCCGCUAAAACACACUGCGCUCGGAACGCCAUCGCGAACGGCGCUCUCCAUUUUAUCCAGCACGGCGACGGGCAGAUAGAACCGCGGUCGUGUCCCAUGUCCCUACCCGCAUCACUCCAGUCAGGCUCGCGAUGGAACCUCCAGAAUUUCUUCGAGUCCUUCGCUAGGCCCAGUGCGGAAGAAUUCUCGAGCAAAAUCGCGGGGAUGAUCGAUGGUCAGGGGCUGCUCUCGAAGCUCGCGUCUCGCUGUGGCUCAAAUGCGCUCUGCACUUACUACCGCCUGCAGUCUGGCCAACUGUACGGGGCUCUCAUUCGUCUGACGCGUGCAGCCAAGUCCUGGUCGUAUCUUCUAGAGCCCCGAUGUCCCACGUACAAGGAAGCGCGGGCCGCAGUCGCCCUCCUCGCCCUUUCCCAGGGAUUGGGCAAUGUCCUGCGUGAGUUUCGUUCGGGCUCACCAGCAGCAGUCACUGCCGUCCCAGAAGCGGCUCGCAGCUUUGUGUCCAAGACGGCCUAUGCCUUCUUGAGCAAGUACACAUCGGUGAGAUCCGCGCGUGUGGCAUAUCAGUAUCAAUUUGACGACUGUGAUCGGCGACAUGGAUGUACGCUCAGUGUCACCCUCGAGCCACACGAGACGGACACACGGCAAUAUGUCGCCCCUCCGCUGUAUGGAUCUCGACAAGAUGCGAAAGUGGCCGUUGUGUAUCUUGCAUUUGAACAAGGAGUGGCCGAUUUCAUGAUUUGCCGCGGUCAAGUCCCACCUGGCCACCAGCCAUGUUUCGACUUGACAAACGGCCCACCGUCAAUGCCGAGCUCGAAAAAGCACAAAAUGGCUGAUGGGCCAUCACAACCACCACCACCGAGCAAGAAACAGAAGAGCAAGGAGCAUCAAGAAUCUGAGCUCGAAGAGGGUGAAGUGUUGGAGUAG